AUGUCUAUCUCUGAACCUCUAACCACUUCUAAAGAGGAAGAGGCUCAUGGAUUUGUGUUUAAGGCCAGGGAAGAUCUUUCUUUUGAUGAUGUUGUCAAUGAUUUUGAGAUGGUUGCUUUUGGUGAAUUCUUGAAUGAGUUAACGAAAACAAUAGCCUGUAUUGAGUUUCUUCGUUUUUACUCUAAUGUUGUUCAUCCAGCAGAACUUGCAAAGCAUGUCAAGGCUCAAAUGGCUAAUGCCAUAAAUCUCACUAUGAAGAUGGUUGCAUCUCAUCUCAAGCCUCUACAACUUGUUAUCAAAACAUACCCAAGGAGUGUUCUGAAGGUAUCUUUGUCACAUUUGAAACAAGGGGGCGGAGAAGGAGAAAGUCAGGGUUUCAAUCUCAAGAUUCCAGAAAUCAUUCUUAUAUCAUCCGAAGGUAUUUCUUCAGUUCAACCUUUGAUAUUUUUACCAACAUCUUCGACAUUUGUUACUAUUCCAUCUUCUGAAUCUACCUUUCUUGCAACAUUACCAUCUACCAUAUCAAACAUUGUUGCAUUUCCUGUUUCUACCCAAUUCACAAAGAGUAUUCCUUUGCCAUUAUCAAAACCUCUUUCAAUUGGUUCAACUGAUGUUACUUUAAUGCCUUCAUCAAGUUCUGAACCAAGUUCUUUAAAAGGAAAAGAAAUGAUGAAAGUGCUAAGGAAGAAUUAA